AUGGCCCCAGGCGUUGCGUCAAAUGGCAUAUACUCUGCCACUUACAGUGGUGUUCCGGUGUUCGAAUUCAAUGUCGAGGGGAAUCAUGUCAUGCGAAGAAGAAGAGACCACUACAUAAAUGCCACUCACAUUCUCAAAGUCGCCGACUACGACAAGCCAGCCAGGACAAGAAUUUUAGAGAGGGAGGUCCAAAAGGGGGCGCAUGAGAAGAUACAGGGAGGCUAUGGGAAAUACCAAGGUACUUGGGUCCCUUUGAGAGAAGGAAGACUCCUUGCAGAGCGCAACGGCGUCAUCGACAAGCUCCGACCUAUCUUCGACUACGUCCCUGGAGACAGCAGUCCACCACCAGCGCCCAAGCACACCACCAAUUCCAAUAAGCCCAAGAUUCCCAAGGCCCCAAAUAACAAAAAGAUACCAAAACCCAAAGUGAAACCAACCUACAGUCAGCUCAGCGAAGACUACGACAACAUCAGCACACAACUCCAUGAUGAUGACUCCCAAGACAACUCUACAAUCGCUUCUGCGUCGUUUAUGGAUGAGGACGACAGAUAUGUAGGGAGCCAAUACGAUCAACAUUCGCGCAAACGGAAGCGCGGCCAAGAUGUCCUUGAGCAGCAGCACAUGCUUUACGCUGAUGAACUCCUCGAUUACUUCAUGCUCUCCACAUCCGACGCUCCCCUCCUGCACCUCGCUCCGCCAGUACCACCAGAACCUUUCGAGAUCAACCGCCCUAUUGACGACCAAGCUCACACUGCUCUUCAUUGGGGCGCUGCCAUGGGCGACAUCGACAUCGUACGAUUCUUUAUCGAACGUGGAGCCAGUCUGUUUGCCCGCAACAAGAGAGGGGAGACACCGUUGAUACGAGCAGUGCUCUUCACAAACAAUUAUGAGAAGGAGACUAUGCCGAAGCUCGUACAGCUUCUUAUAAGCACGAUCCGAGAACAAGAUAACCACGGAGGUACUAUUCUUCAUCACAUCGCCAUGACUACCAACAGCUUGGCCAAGAAGAGAUGUGCUCGCUACUACUUAGACAUCGUCCUCAACAAGAUGGCUGAAGUCUGCACACCACAAGAGUUUACAAGGCUAGUCAACCUGCCGGAUGCCAGCGGCGACACCGCAUUACACAUUGUUGGUCGACACAACGCCAAGAAGUGCAUUCGAGCUCUCCAGGGCCGAGGUGUUCGAGGAGACCUCGAGAACGGCAAUGGAGAGACUGCCGACAGGAUCAUACAAGGCCAACGUGCCAUUCGUCAGGACUUCGUAUCAUCAUCUCCACUGCCGGACUUUGGUGCAACUAACGGGCACGAGCUGGUUAAAGCCUCCAAAGCAGGACCGGCAUCUCACUACCAUAGCCAGUCCGCCAGAUCCUUUAGCCAGUCCUUUGGCGAAAUGGCCCAAGACAAAUCCCUUCAAGUGGCACUGGCCUACGACAGCGAGAUCAAACAAAAAGAUGACGAUUUAGAGGAAGGUCAGCGCUUGGUUCAAAACGUCGAUCACCAGCUACAUAGCGUCCGACAAGGGAUAUUCCGACACUUACAAGAGGGAACCGACAGCUACGACAACGAAGAAGAAGAACACCGUCUACGAGAAGAGGAGCGCAGACUAACCACCGAAAGCGAAAGCCUAUCCGAGCAAAUCCAACACAAAGAGCUUCACCACGCCGUUCGCUCCGAAGAGCAAGCUUUGCCACCUUCAGCGCACCGAAAACCCAAUGGUACCAUGUCUAACGACCAUGAACUCGAGGAGCAGAAGAAUGCCGCGUUGGCGCUAGCAGAGCAGCAGAAUAAGAGAAGAAAGUUGACGAGUGCUGUGGUGGUAGCUCAGGGGGCAGCUGGCAUGAGCGGACAUGGCGAGACGCUGAAGCAGCUUGUUUCGAGUACGUGUGGGGUUCCUAUCGACGAAGUGUCGGCGUUGGCACCGGAAUUGUUGGAAGAAUUGCAGCAGAGCAAGAUGGAGGUGGGGACUGAAGUCGCUGCUUUGGCAUAG